AUGUCGGACAUAUCUUGUCCAUUGUGUUCCAAUUCCGAAUGUGAAAUUACUUCAUUUGAUAUCCAAGUAUCCGCUUUCAAAGCAGUAACAACUUGGAAAAAACAUUCAAUUAAGCAAGCUGUGGAACAAAUGAGUAAUAGUUCAUUUAACAACAGACCAAUAGCUUUACCUGAUGAUUGGAGUACAAACUGGACUAAUUAUAUUGAUAAAAAUUACGUUAAUGUUCAAGUUAUUCAUGGAUCUUAUCGUGUUGAAACAUAUACAGAAAAACCAACAAUAUCAUGGUCCCAAUUGGUUAGUACCAUUGGCGAAUAUGUAGGAUUGUGGAUUGCUGUUAGUGUUAUUCCAUUCAUCGAAGUAGCAGAGCUGAUAUAUCGUCUCAUACGCCGUCAUUUUGCCUAA